CGAGAGGUCGCUCGGGGGUCGGCGCGAGUGGCGAUGGUGGGCUGUGGGGCUCGUGGCUUGGGACACGGACGAGGCAGGGGCUGAGUUAACGGCUUGAAGCUCGGUGUAGACGGGACUCGAUAGGUCAGUUGGGCGGGAGCGCAGCGGUGAACGCGCGAGGUCGGACUGAAGCGCUGCUGCCACCAUGAGUGGUCGGGAGAAGAAACUGCCCCGAGAGGCGCGGCAGAGGACAGGGAGCAUUCACGAGAUCAGGCACCUGACUCUUGAAGAGGUUGACCUGGAGGCCGAAUAUGAGGUGUUGCAGACUAUAUGCGAGGUGUGGACUGGCAAGAUUAUGCUAGUGGAGCACCGCGCUACCCGGCAUGAGGUCAUUCUCAAGGCGCUCCACAAGGACGCCACCAGCAAAUCCGACUUUCUGCGCGAGUUCCAUUACAGCGUCUUCCUGAGUCCGCACCGAAGCAUACUGACCGCAUACGAUGUGGCAUUCCGCGCCGACGACUUCUACGUCUACGCCGCCGAGUACGCGCCCUUCGGCGACCUCGCCUGCUACGUCUCCAACGGCGGCAUCGGCGAGCGCAACACCAAGCUGCUGGCGCCGCAGCUGGCCUCGGCGCUCGACUUCAUGCACAGCAAGGGCCUCGUGCACCGCAACGUGCGCCUCGACAACAUCCUCGUCUUCAAGAGCGACCUGAGCCGCGUCAAGCUGGCCGACUUCGACCAGACGCGGCCGGUCGGCUGGCGCGCGCGGCGCGCCGAGGAGUGGCCGCCGUACACGCCGCCCGAGGUGCAGACCGAGCCCAAGGGGCGGUCGUACACGGUCGCCACCGCGCACGACACCUGGCAGCUGGCGGUUGUGCUGUUCGUGUGCCUGACCGGGGCCUUGCCGUGGCAGCGCGCCGACGCCUCGGACGCGCGCUACGCCGCCUUCGCACAGUGGCGCGGCUACCGCGCCCUGCGCGCGCCGCAGCGCUUCGGAGAGUUCUCACUGCGGCUGCAGGGCCUCUUCCGGCGGCUGUUCGACCCGCGGCCGCGGCGUCGCACGGUGUGA